AUGGAGGCCAUCAAGCAGGCGCUUCACCUUGGCAAGGGCUCUGACGCCCCUGCCGAGCCUACUCCUGAGGCUCUCAAUGAGCUCAAGGAGAAGUAUACCAAAGCUGGCCAGGAGCAAGUCUUCACCUUCUACGACUCUCUGUCCUCCGCCGAGCGAGGAACCCUGUACCAGCAGCUUUCUGGCUUCGACCCUUCCCACAUCAACGACAUCACACACCGCGCGUUGAACCCUCCCAAGACCAGCGAUGAGCCCGACCGCCUCGAGCCCCUUCCCGAAUCUGCCACCGCCAGUAUCCUUGAUUCCAGCGCCGAUGAUAUUGCCAAGUGGUACGACUCCGGUCUUGACCUCAUCUCCAAGGGCCAAGUCGCCGUUGUCCUCAUGGCUGGUGGCCAGGGUACUCGUCUGGGUAGCUCUGCUCCCAAGGGCUGCUACGAUAUUGGCCUUCCCUCCCACAAGUCUCUCUUCCAGCUUCAGGGUGAGCGAAUCGUCAAGGUUCAGGAGCUCGCUGCUAAGAAGGGCUCAAACGCUGUUGUUCCCUGGUACGUCAUGACCAGUGGCCCUACUCGCGGUCCCACCGAGAAGUUCUUCCAGGAGAACAACUACUUUGGUUUGAGUGAGGAGAACGUCAAGAUCUUCGAGCAAGGUGUUCUGCCUUGCAUCUCCAACGAUGGCAAGAUUCUUCUCGAGACCAAGGGCAAGGUUGCCGUUGCUCCCGAUGGAAACGGCGGUCUCUACAAUGCUCUCGUCCUUUCUGGUGUUGUCGACGAUAUGCGAAAGCGUGGCAUCCAGCACAUCCACGCUUACUGCGUUGACAACUGCCUCGUCAAGGUUGCCGACCCGGUCUUCAUUGGCUUCUCUGCUUCUCUCGAUGUCGACAUUGCUACCAAGGUCGUGCGUAAGCGCAACGCUACCGAGUCCGUCGGUCUGAUUCUCUCCAAGAACGGCAAGCCCGAUGUCGUUGAGUACUCCGAGAUUGACCAGUCCACUGCCGAGGAGACCGACCCCAAGCAGCCUGAUCUCCUCCGAUUCCGUGCUGCCAACAUUGUCAACCACUACUACUCUUUCCGCUUCCUCGACUCCAUUCCCCAGUGGGCUCACAAGCUUCCCCACCAUAUCGCUCGCAAGAAGAUCCCCUCUGCCGAUCUCGAGAGCGGCGAGACAGUCAAGCCUGAGAAGCCCAACGGCAUCAAGCUUGAGCAGUUCGUCUUUGACGUCUUUCCCUUCCUGUCCCUCGAGAAGUUUGCCUCUCUUGAGGUCAAGCGUGAGGACGAGUUCUCACCUCUCAAGAACGCCCCUGGGACUGGUGAGGACGACCCUGAUACCAGCAAGGCCGAUAUCAUGACCCAAGGCAAGCGCUGGGUUGAGGCUGCCGGCGCCAUCGUUGUUGGCGAUAAGGCCGAUGUCGGUGUUGAGGUGUCCCCUCUAAUCAGCUACGGUGGUGAGGGUCUUGAGAAGCUCAACGGUAACGAGAUUACCCCUCCUGCAGUUCUGGAGCGAGACUAG